GAGUCCAACACAUCCCCAGGCAACACCCGUGCAUGGCUGCAGCCAGAUAACACAGAAGAAGAAGAGGCACAAGACUUGUUUCGUAUUAUCGCAUAUUCCGCGGACUAAAGGAACACUAGGCAUUAUUUUAAGCUUUGUUUUUUUUCUACUUCUUGUCCAUGGAAAGCAUUACCAAAGCUUGAAAAUGGUUGAUUAACCCUCUGACUCCCACCUCUGCUCUGAACCCAACUCACCAGGACCUCGGAUCUCAUUUGUACAUCUUGCACAUAGUCUGUCUAGCCAACAACAGUUGAACCGCAGACCUCAGUGCAAUACGCUGUGAUGCUGUCAAAGAAGGAGAAAGAGCUGAUAGCAAACAUAUGGGAGAGACUGAGUCCUGUCGCCGAAGACAUCGGAGCAGAAGCCCUGCUCAGGAUGUUCACAACCUUCCCGGGAACCAAGACGUAUUUCUCCCAUCUGGACAUCAGCCCACGGUCCCCCCACCUGCUGUCCCAUGGUAAGAAGAUCGUCAUGGCCAUAGCCGAGGGAGCCAAGGACAUCAGCCAGCUGACCGUCACUCUCGCCCCACUGCAGACCCUGCACGCCUACCAGCUCCGCAUAGACCCCACUAACUUCAAGCUUCUUUCCCACUGCAUGCUGGUCACCCUGGCCUCUUUCAUGGGCGAAAACUUCACUGCAGUGGCUCACGCAGCCAUGGAUAAAUACCUGUCCGCCUUCGCAGCAGUACUGGCUGAGAAGUACAGAUGAGAGACAUCCUGCAAAACCAGCCAGAGGACACCUGAUACAAUGACGCUUUCUAAUCCAGUGCAUUUGUGUAAUCGUUGUUGUGACGUGACAUUUUGUAAUA